GAAGUCACUUUUCUUUUCUUUUUCUUUUUUUUUAACUGAAUCUUUUUCUGCAUUUAUGUUUAGUUUUUUUGAAUGGUACAACUUUUUAUAAACGUUUGCGUGAAGCAAAGAAGAGGAAAGAUGGCGUCCACAAAACAAAAGAUGAGCAAAAACAAGGAUGAUGCGCCCUAUGAAUUGGAGAGCCAGUUUGUACUCCGACUGCCUCCGGAAUAUGCUUCUACUGUACGGAGGGCAGUCCAGUCCGGAAGUGUCGCCCUGAAGGACCGGCUCACCAUUGAGUUGCAUGCGGAUGGGCGCCAUGGGAUUGUGCGCGUUGACCGUGUCCCAUUAGCUGCCAAACUGGUGGACCUACCCUGCAUCAUCGAGAGCUUAAAAACCAUUGAUAAGAAAACUUUCUAUAAGACGGCAGAUGUUUGUCAGAUGCUUGUGUGCACGGUAGAUGGUGAACUGUACCCCCCUUUGGAAGAGCCAGCUACAAGUACAGACCCCAGAGCCAACAAGAAGAAGGACAAGGAUCGGGAGAAGAAGUUCAUUUGGAACCAUGGCAUCACUCUUCCAUUGAAGAAUGUGAGGAAGAGGCGAUUCAGAAAGACAGCCAAGAAGAAGUACAUUGAGUCUCCUGAUGUGGAGAAGGAAGUGAAGCGCCUGCUGAGCACAGAUGCUGAAGCUGUCAGUGUCCGCUGGGAAAUCAUUGCAGAAGACGAAACAAAAGAAGCGGACCACCAUGGUUCACUCACAGGCUUGGAUAUUUCUUCCCCGGGGAUGUCCAGCCACAAGCAGGGCCACGGCUCAUCAGUAGAACACGAUGAACUCAGAGAGAUAUUUAAUGACAUCAGUAGCAGUAGUGAAGAUGAAGAUGAGAGGGAUCACCAUGACGAUGAAGACCUAAACAUCAUGGAUACGGAAGAAGACCUGGAGAGAAGGCUGCAAGGCAAGCUGAACGAAUCAGAUGGGCAGCAGCAAGAAAACGAAGGGGCCAACCAGAUAGCCCUGGGGAUCCAGAAGCAGAUCGACAAUCUGAAAGACAAGCUUCAAGAGACCCAGGAGCGCAGGAAGCGCCAAGAAGAUCUCAUUAUGAGGGUAGAGAACCUGGCUCUCAAGACCCGUCUGCAAGCUGUGCUGGAUGAGUUCAAACAGCAAGAAGAGCGUGAGAAGCAAGAGUUGGCCUCUCUUCAGGAGCAGCUGGAAGCCCUUAUGGAGAAGUAAGGCUGAGCCCGAACCCCAUCCCCCAGGCAGCACCAGAGGCUGUGUCAUCUAGGAUGUUCUGGAACUUUCCUUUGAACUGCAAAUAGCCAAUGGGACAGUGUUCCAUGAAUGACCAAUAGGCUGCUGCUAGUGGUCUUGCCUUCUUUCAGAAGCCAGCUGAUGUCUUUAUGGCCACUGAUCAGAAAUGCAGAUGCCAGUGAAAAUGGGACUCCCCUUGAGAGAGAGUCAUGUGGUUUGUGUACACUACUGAAAUAUCUCUGCAACACCUACUUUUCCCACUUACAUUUAUUGUUUUCAACCAGCUGCCCCUUUUGGAGCAACAUGAAUUGAACUGUUAUCUGCAGGUGUGGCUCUAGGGGGUGCCCAAGGGGCACACUUUUCCCUUACUAAUAAAUACACUUUUGCAAAAGAAGAUGUGUGGCUUCACUCUAACUAACCUUAUACAAGGGUAUAAUUUCAUAUUCAUCUGUAUGAAAAUGAAUAAAGUUGUGUGUAUGUUUGA